CGUAAGCCGGCCGUCAGUUUAAAUACGCUAAUUUCAGCAAAACGGGUAUCUCCGUCAAAACCCGAUAAAGUUUGAACUUUUUCUUUUUUUUUUUAAAAAAAAGAACCAUAGUGCUUUCCCCACGCGCCGCACUUACUUAUCCCCUCACUAAACCCCUACUGUACUUCUCCCAGUUCCAUUUCUCAUUUUCUGUAGCAUCUCAGCCGCCGGCCCCCGCUCUCCACCCACCUCUUUCCGCUUUCCUCCACAACCACCAUCAUGCAGGCUGCCUUGUUAACCCCGCCUACAACAUUUAUCGGUAAAAACCAUGUCCCAAAGCUACACACUUCACCACAAAGGGCCCCCAAGUUGACCAUCCGGGCUUCCACUGAUUCUCCGCCGCCGGAAUCCACCAACUCACCUGACCCAAAGAAAUUGAACACGUAUAGCUCCAGAAUCACUGAGCCCAAGGCCCAAGGUGGCUCACAGGCGAUUCUUUACGGUGUAGGACUUUCUGAUGAAGACUUGCACAAGCCUCAAGUGGGUAUAUCAUCAGUUUGGUAUGAAGGGAACACUUGUAAUAUGCAUUUAUUGAAACUUGCUGAGGCUGUUAAGGAAGGAGUAGAGAAGGCUGGGAUGGUUGGAUUUAGGUUUAACACUGUUGGGGUCAGUGAUGCUAUUUCUAUGGGGACCAGAGGAAUGUGCUAUAGUUUGCAGUCGAGAGAUUUGAUUGCUGAUAGCAUUGAGACUGUCAUGGCUGCUCAGUGGUAUGAUGCUAACAUUUCUAUUCCUGGUUGUGACAAAAAUAUGCCUGGUACAAUCAUGGCUAUGGGACGGCUGAAUCGACCCAGCAUUAUGAUUUAUGGUGGAACUAUCAAGCCUGGUCAUUUUCAAGGGCACACUUUUGACAUAGUUAGUGCCUUCCAGGUUUAUGGAGAGUAUGUGAGUGGUUCUGUGACUGAUGCACAGAGGAUGGAUGUGGUUCGCAAUUCCUGUCCCGGAGCUGGUGCUUGUGGUGGAAUGUAUACUGCAAAUACUAUGGCUUCCGCUAUAGAGACACUAGGAAUGUCUCUGCCUUACAGCUCUUCAACGCCUGCUGAAGACCCACUCAAGCUGGAUGAGUGUCGCCUUGCGGGUAAAUAUAUUCUAGAUUUGUUAAAAAUGGAUUUGAAGCCUCGAGAUAUUAUCACACCAAAGUCGCUACGUAAUGCGAUGGUUAUGGUUAUGGCACUGGGGGGAUCAACAAAUGCUGUCUUACAUUUGAUUGCUAUUGCUAGGUCUGUUGGCUUGCAUUUAACUCUAGAUGACUUCCAAAAGGUCAGUGACCAGGUACCAUUCCUCGCUGAUCUUAAGCCAAGUGGCAAAUAUGUCAUGGAGGAUGUACAUAAGAUUGGAGGCACACCUGCAGUCAUCCGCUACCUAUUAGAACUGGGAUAUUUAGACGGGGAUUGCAUUACAGUUACUGGAAAGACUUUGGGUGAAAAUGCAGCACUAUUCCCCCCCCUGUCUGAGGGUCAGAAAAUAAUCAGGUCACCAGAAAACCCUAUCAAAAAAACUGGUCACAUACAAAUAUUGUAUGGAAAUCUGGCACCGGAAGGUUCUGUGGCAAAGAUUACAGGAAAAGAAGGGCUUUACUUUUCAGGUCCUGCUCUUGUUUUUGAAGGAGAGGAAUCAAUGCUUCAGGCUAUCUCAGAAAAUCCUUCGAGUUUUAAGGGUAAAGUAGUGGUCAUUAGAGGAGAGGGCCCUAAAGGGGGACCGGGAAUGCCUGAAAUGCUUACACCAACUAGUGCAAUAAUGGGGGCAGGUCUUGGCAAGGAGGUUGCACUGCUAACUGAUGGGAGAUUUUCUGGGGGUUCACAUGGCUAUGUCGUGGGACAUAUUUGUCCAGAAGCACAGGAAGGUGGUCCUAUCGGUCUCGUAGAGAAUGGAGACAUCAUCACUAUAGACAUCCGGGAGAGGAGAAUGGAUGUCCAAUUAACAGAUGCUGAGUUAGAAGAGCGAAGAAAGAGAUGGACUCCUGCUCCUUACAAGGCUUCUCAAGGAACUCUUUACAAGUACAUCAAGCUUGUACAAUCAGCUUCCCGGGGAUGCGUAACAGAUGAAUAAUAAAAAGGUACAAAUACCUUAACAAUGCAUAGAGUGAAUUCGCGAUUCCCCUGCUGCAACGGCGACAAAAAUGGAAUCGCUCGGCUGUUCUAGGACAUUCGUCACAGAUCUUGCUCAAUUUUUUUUGGUCUCGGCGGUUUAGUUCUAUGUAUGUAUUAAGGUUUUGGCUUCUCUGUUGUUUAUCUUUAUCAGUUCCCUUUUUGUUAUGCCACAUUUAGUUCAGUUUAGUGCAGAGAUGUUUGUACAAGACAAUGAUGGAAUUUGCCUAGCUUUGGAAUGCACGAUCUUCUUUCUAACAUUCCGAAGAUGAAUACAGUUACUAAUUGAUUACAAUGAAAAGAUGGUCCUGAAUAUUGUGAU